AGAGGAUGUCCCGGGAGAUUACCUCCAGUUUUGGACUUACUGCUUCAAAUUGAAAACUGAGGCAAUCUUUCGAGGAAAAUGUGAGAGGGCUGUCUGCAGUUGGACAUUCUCCUUAGUCUGCAAGCCUUUGAGAUGGAUAGAAACUAUGGCUCCCUGCUUUUGAGGGCAUGAGCACACAGGAGGAAGAUCUGCUGGACCAGGAACUACUGCAGGAAGACCCGGACCAUGAGGAGAUGGAGGAUGAGAUGGAACCUGAUCCCCAGCCAAGACCAUGAACUGGAUAUAUAUGAAUGUGUAUGGAUUGUUUGUUUCCAUUUCUCAUAUGACGGAUACUCACAGUAACACUAAAACUGUUACUCUUAUUAUUUUGGGUAUGGCUAGCCAUUCUCACACAGGUCCCAAGUCAGCUAGAAAGCAUAAAUGCUUCCCUGACUCCGUUUCUUAUUCCUCGUACUCUGACAUCGAUUCACAGGCACCAAAACCUCUCCCAUUUAAGCCUUGCCGUCCAUUUGGUAUUGACUUAGGUAGCGUGCGUCAGGCUGUGCGGUCAACCUCCAAUAUGAUGUUGUGAGAAAUUGACUUUUUCAUGCUGUUUUUUACUCAGGCUGUAGUUGCUUAGAUAUGCAGCUUUACAAACUGUCAGGGGUGGGAGCUCGUGCUAAACUCUCUGUCAUAUUCCAGCUACCAAGGAGCUUGGAUGGAGGUGACCCCCAAUGAAUUCUUGGGAUGCUCAUUUACAUGGGGUUUUCAAUUCUCCCUGAUUCCCAUCAUCAUUGGGGAACCAAGUCACUUCAGGGCAUGUGGGCGAGGGGAUUUAUGUCGCGUGACCGCUACAAGGCUCUUUUAGCAGCUCUACAUGUUGUAGACCCUACCACAGUGGAUAAUCAUGAUCGCCUUAGGAAGUUGCGUUAUCUUAUGGACCACCUCAAACAAAAAUGCCAGCAGCUCUUUCAGCCUAACCAAAAUCUCACAAUAGAUGAACAGUAUGGUCAAGUCUAAAGCUCGGUCAGGAUUUAAACAAUACAUAAAGGGCAAGCAUACUCUGUGGGGUUUUAAAUUAUGGGUAAUUGCAACAUCAGACUUGGGGUAUACUCUCGGCUUUAAUGUUUACACAGGUAGUCAUGAUGGGCGUGUCACUGACUUGGCCACCAAAGUAGUUGAAUUGUUACUGCAGCCAUUCAAAGACCAGGGCCACAAUGUUUGGUUUGACAGCUUUUACACAUCCCCAGCUCUUAUGGUUAAGUUGUUAGAAAUGGGAUCUAAUGCCUGUGGGACAUGCAGGGUGAAUCGUAAACUGUUUCCUGCAGAAUUUAAAGACAUCAAUAGAUGGGAACGCAAGACAGCUUGUGGGGAUAUGAGGUGGUGUAGGACUGAGGGGAAUAUACUUGUAAUUCAGUGGAAGGACAUGCAUGCAGUUACAUGCCUCUCCAAUUUCCAAAAUGCUAAUGGCUCAACCAAAAUUACUAGGUUUGUAAAAAAUUAUGAUGACUGGACAAAAGAAGAAGCCCUCCAGCCCACUGUCAUCAGCGAUUAUAACAAAAACAUGGGUGGUGUUGAUAGGUCAGACCAAAUUAUAAAAUCUUACGACGUCCUACAAAAAACUCAGAAGUGGCGGAAGACUCUUUUUUUUCCCCACUUCAUAGACAUUGCCGUCGUCAAUAGUUUCAUAUUGUUUAAGGAAUGGCAACACAUUCAUGCGGCACCAGGGGAUGAGCGUAGACCGGUGAACUUAACCCAGAUAGAUUUCAGAGAAAACCUGGCUCGUCAGCUGGGAGGUAUCGAUAUUCACGCAAGUUUUCCUUUGCAUACACUAAAGCCUGCAGUCCCUCCUUCAUCAUCACUCCACACAGCCCAUGUCCCUAAAUUUGAAGAGUCCUCUAAGAGAUGUUGGCUAUGCUAUCGGAAAAAUAGGACUGAAAAUAAAACUAAAGUAGCUUGCGCCGGAAUGUAAUGGCAAAAGACUUUUCUUGGUUCGCAAUAGGAACUGUUUUCAGUCUUGGCACUUAGCUGAGUGUGACCAGUUUCGCGAAGAGGCCUAGGUUGGGCUGUGUUUACUGGUGUUGUCAUCCUCCCCCUCCCCUCUUUUCUCCCUCUCAUCUCUCCACAGGUAUUGCAAUUGUUGAGUAUUUAUUAAUUUAUAUAUAUUCUGUUCCUGCACUCCUUUAUUAAA